AACCGGAAGAACGUUAGCUGAAGUUGAAAGAGCUGCUAAAAAAUCCUGCACCACCCUUCUCACACCUACUAAGUCAUUGCUGUGUGAUUGUGAACACAGGAGCAAACAUGAGCAGCUUGGAGGAAGGCUGCAGUGAUUCCGCAAGCGCUCACGUGCUGUCCAAGCCGCUUCUUCAAGGCUUAAAAUUAGCAUCGCACGCAGUGCUGGAGAAAGUGCAGGAGAGGGGCAGGUCAAAAUGUGCAAAAUGCGGAGGAUCAAGGAUGUUCUUCUGCUACACAUGCUGCUUAUUAGUGGACGUCAGUCUGCAAGAAAUCCCCAUUGUCAAGCUUCCAUUGAAGAUCGACAUCAUCAAGCACCCCAACGAGACAGAUGGCAAGAGCACGGCGGUUCAUGCCAAGAUCCUCGCGCCUAACGACAUCACUAUUUAUACGUACCCCUGCAUUCCAGAGUAUGAUCAAGACAAAGUUGUGUUGGUGUUUCCCGGUCCAAGUGCCGUCACAGUACAAGACAUGAUGCAGUGUUUACGCGAGAGGACUGACAGCAGGUCACGUGGCCCCCGGUUAAAGAGGCGGAAAAUAGAGAAUACUGCGCAAGAUCUGGGGUCAGGGCCCCCAGAUGAAACUGACUCGGAAUCAAGGGCGAAUCCCCUCCAGAGGGUGGUCUUCAUCGACAGCACAUGGAACCAGACCAACAAAAUCAGCACAGAUGAGAGACUACAAGACUUGCUCCAGGUUGAGCUGAAGACAAGGAAAACGUGCUUCUGGCGCUCUCAGAGGGGCAAACCCGACACUUACCUAGCCACGAUCGAAGCCAUCUAUUAUUUUCUCAAGGACUUCCACGAGCAGUGCCUUGCUCAGGAGUACAGUGGAGAAUAUGAUAACCUUCUCUUCUUUUACUCUUACCUGCACACAGUUGUCAACAAGUCUAAAGAGGCAAAACAAGACUAUAAAGCCAAAGUGAACUCAAUUUGAUUUUGUAAAGGACAAAAACAUUUGUUUGAGCGUUCGGAAUAAAUGUUAAGGAUUCCCAAUGACUGAAAGGCAUGGCACGCAUCAUCACUGUAGAAGAGUGCAUUUCAACCAAUGUGCCGCGGCACACUAGUCAGGUGUGCCGUGAGAAAUUAUCCAAUGUUGCAUUGUUUUUUAACGUCAUCUGGCGGAACUGCAAUAGGAGGGAAGGAAGAGGUAAAAAGUUUUCAGUUUCAGUGAGUGCAGAUGAGCCAGGCAUUGCUCGUGUUGCGUUCAAGAACUGCUCGGAUUUCUAGCCAUCAGCCACCUUGCUGUCCACGACAAUGUGGACCCCAUCACGUCUACAAUACAUCAUUUGAUCAGACACGUCCUUUCUAUUUUAUCCAUACGUGACGACCGUCAAUCCCCCCAGUGUUUUAUUCCAACACAUUGUCGAGGACCGCAAGGUUGCUGAUGGCAAGAAAUCAGUAGUUCUUGAACGCGACACGGGCAGCUAUCUAGCGCCAUGGUGCCAAGCAAGCUUAAAUGUCAUCUCCAAACGAAACACCUGUCGCUUCAAAACAGGUCAAUGGACUAUUUUGUUUGCCUUCGUGAAAACAAACGGGCAACUUUUUUUAGAAAAAAC